CGUCAUCAGUCAGCUGCGUGCUCCUGUCUGUUGUAAACAGGCUCCACAAAGAGAAUAGAGCAGAUUAUUAUAAAGAUGGCGUUUAUUAAAGAGGAGAGUGAAGACAUGGAGAUUGAAGAAACAUUCACAGUCAAACAUGAAGAGAUUGAAGAAGCUUUCAGAGUCAAACAUGAAGAUCCUGAGGAACAAACAGACCUGAUGCUUCUGAAAAGGAAGAAUCAAGACCUGAAAGAUGUGGAAGAGGAGGGUCAGCCCGAAGAACAAAUCAAUCUCAAAACUGGAAAAAUAGCAACACAGACAACAAAACAGUCUUCCUCACCAAAAAGUGUCCAGGAGACUAACUGCAGUACCUGCCAGCAGUGUGGAAAGAGUUUCAGUGGGAAGCGAAACCUUGAAGUACACAUGAGGAUUCACACUGGUGAGAAGCCGUUCACCUGCCAACACUGUGGGAAGAGCUUCACUCAAAAAGGGAACCUUAAAAGCCACAUGAUAAUCCACAGCGGAGAGAAGCCUUACGCCUGCCAAGUCUGUGGGAAGAGUUUUGCUCAAAAACGAAACUGUGCUGACCACAUGAGACUACACACCGGAGAGAAGUCCUUCACCUGCAACCUGUGUGGAAAGAGCUUCACUCAGAAAGGCAAUCUUAAAAGCCACUUGAUCAUUCACAGCGGAGAGAAGCCUUACAGCUGCCUACAGUGUGAAAGCACUUUCACUCAAAAGGUGCACCUUGAACAACACAUGAAAGUUCACAGCGGAGAGAAGCCAUUCACAUGCGAUCAGUGUGGAAAGAGUUUCACGCUCAAAGACUCUCUCGGCUCCCACAUGAGAGUUCACACUGGAGAAAGCCAGUUUAUCUGUCAUCAGUGCGGGAAAAGCUUCAAUCACAAAAAAAGCUUCAAUAUUCACCUCAGAGUUCACACUGGAGAGGAACCGUACACGUGCUGUUGGUGUGGACAGAGUUUCAGAUAUAAAUCAUCCCUCGAUGUCCACAUUAGAGUUCACACUGGAGAAAACCCUCAUACCUGCGGACUGUGUGGGAAGAGCUUCACACAGAAAGGCUCUCUAAAGGCUCACAUGAUCAUUCACACUGGAGAGAAGCCGUUCACAUGUGUUCAGUGCGGAAAGAGCUUUAGACGAAAACUAACCUUGAAUGAACACAUGAAGAUUCACAUUGAGAGUGAACUAUUAGAUCAAUCUAUUGCAGCUACAUCAACGUGUAAAGAUUCACCAACAUGAAACACUUGAAGACACUGUCAAGUAACUGGAGAGAUGUUUACCACUACUAGCUGUGAGUAGAGCGCUUCCUGCAUCGCUGCAGUCCUGAAGAUUUGUGCCCCAACCCUAAUUGAAAGCAUUUUAACAAGCUAAUCAAGGUCUAUCGAGGUGUCAAACUGCACUUUUCGGCCUAUUGACUUUAAUUCAUAAGCAUGCGAAUGCAGCAGACCAGAAACGCAAGCUCUGACAUCAAGUUUUUGAUGUCAAUGUAUUCGAAAGUUCAAGCUUGGUGACGUCUGACCUGCGAAAUCACAUCAUGUGAUGUGUGAGACCGACAGAAGAGCAAAACGUGACCUCUGUACAGAAAAUUGAAAUAUUGAGCAACUGCUCGAUUUAUUAAUUUAUUGAAUAAUCUUCUUUAAUCCUGCCCUUUUUUGCAGCGCAUUAUUUAUUGUGUCUGUCCAUUUUUGCACUUGUUUAAAUUCUAUUUAAUAUAGCGCACAGAAUUGCCGUCUUCUUGUGGCUAUCGUGACUUGA